CCGGAAAUAAACGUUUUCUUCCGGUUGGUGAACACAGGUCAUUUGUACGGGGACAUUUCGUUAGCCACCAACCAAAAUAAAGCGUAUUUUUUCGUUUAAAGACAACUCGGUUGUCUUCGGGUCUCUUACCACCCACCUGACCGUCAAUCUUUGAAGCAAUAUGUGGUAUGAAAUCCUUCCCAGUCUGAGCCUGAUGGCCGUGGCUCUCAUGAUUCCCGGUCUCGCCACCACACAAAUCCACAAGUUCACCAACGGAGGAAAGGAGAAAAGGACCGCCCGGAUUCCGUGGCAGUGGUACCUAAUGGAGAGAGACAGACGAGUUGGAGGAACUGGCCAGUACUUUGAUUCCAAGGGUCUUGAGAACAUCAAGUGAAGAGAAUCUUGUAGAACCUCUCAAGCUGGAGCCUCAGAGUUGUACAAUUAAAGAAAAUAUUUAAUGUUU